UUCAGAUACGCCUUCCGCGAUUAUUUACAAUUAGGCCGACGGUGUCCCCUUCCUGACUAAUUGGGGGGCCCACUCCCCUUACUGCCUGCACUACCCAGCUCGCAGGCGGAGCCCCCGAGGACGCGGGCGGAAGUAGGCCCCACUUCCGCUCUGAAGUAGGCCGGGCCCCUGGACAUCCUACGCCGACGCCCUCUUCUGCCGUGUUGUUGUCCAGUCUGGCUGAGUUGCGACCCCCGCGGGCUGCAGCCGUCCAGGCUCCUCGGCCCACGGGAUUCUCCAGGCAAGGAUACUGCAGUGGGCUGCCAUUUCCCUCUCCAGGGCGCGAACCCGCGUCUCCUGCUUGGCAGGCGGGUUCUCUACCAACCGAGGCACCUGAGAAUUCCUGAAGUGAAGUGUAGUGAAAGUGAAGUCGCUCAGUCGUGUCCGACUCUUUGCGACCCCCGCGGGCUGCAGCCCACCGGGCUCCUCCGUCCAUGGGAUUUCCCAGGCACGAGUACUCGAGUGGCUUGCCAUUUCCUUCUUCAGCGAAUUCCCGAAGAGUACAGGAGUUUAAUUUGUUGCGAGGUUGCUUUAACCUGGAGAUUCCAGUUGGAGGAGGGGAGUGGGCAUUUUUCCCCCCCCAAAGUAAAGUGUACGGAGCGUAGGGUUUCUGGAGAACCGGAGUCGCACAGGACUUGCGCGACCCGCAGGGCGUGCAGCCUGUGGAGGACGCUCCUUUAGGGGCCGGCCGGAGUAGUCCUGUCGUGAAUGGCGGAGCAUAAGUGUCGCUCCCAGCGCGGGCCAAUCAGAAAAGCGGAGAGGCGGGGACCUGAGUCGCGAUUGGCUGGCCCCCGGGGCAAACGGGAGAGCCCGGACUUGGCGGGAGUCUUGAUCGCGGCCAGGCUGGCCGAGUCCCAUCCCGGGGUGUCCAGGCGCCGCGGUCAUGUUCGUGUCCGACUUCCGCAAGGAGUUCUACGAGGUGGUCCAGAGCCAGAGGGUCCUUCUCUUCGUGGCCUCGGACGUGGACGCUCUGUGCGCUUGCAAGAUCCUUCAGGCCCUGUUCCAGUGUGACCAUGUACAGUACACGCUGGUUCCAGUUUCUGGGUGGCAAGAACUUGAAACUGCAUUUCUAGAGCAUAAAGAACAGUUCCGCUAUUUCAUCCUCAUAAACUGUGGCGCGAACGUGGAUCUGUUGGAUAUCCUUCAGCCCGAUGAUGAGGCCGUGUUCUUCGUGUGUGACACCCACAGGCCGGUCAAUGUUGUGAACGUGUACAACGACAGCCAGAUCAGAUUGCUCAUUAAACAAGAUGAUGACCUUGAAGUUCCGGCCUAUGAAGACAUCUUUCGGGAUGAAGAGGAGGAUGAAGAACACUCGGGAAAUGAAGGCGAUGAGGGGUCAGAGCCCUCCGAGAAGCGCACACGGCUGGAGGAGGAGAUCGCAGCGCAAACUCUGAAGAGGAGGCAGCGGAGAGAGUGGGAGGCCCGGAGGAGAGACGUCCUCUUUGACUACGAGCAGUACGAGUAUCAUGGGACGUCGGCUGCCAUGGUGAUGUUCGACCUGGCGUGGCUGAUGUCCAAGGACCUGAGCGACAUGCUGUGGUGGGCCAUCGUUGGACUCACGGACCAGUGGGUGCAAGACAAAAUCACCCAGGUGAAGUACGUGACCGACGUGGGCGCACUGCAGCGGCACGUAUCCCGGCACAGCCACCGGCGUGAGGAUGAGGCGCACGCGCUCUCCGUGGACUGCGCGCGCAUCUCCUUCGAGUACGACCUCCGCCUGGCGCUCUACCAGCACUGGUCCCUCCACGACAGCCUGUGCAACACGUGCUACACGGCGGCCAGGUUCAAGCUCUGGUCCCUGCACGGGCAGAAGCGGCUGCAGGAGUUCCUCGCGGAUGUGGGUCUCCCCCUCAAGCAGGUGAAGCAGAAGUUUCAAUCCAUGGACGUCUCCUUGAAGGAGAAUUUGCGAGAAAUGAUUGAAGAGUCUGCAAAUAAGUUUGGCAUGAAGGACAUGCGCGUUCAGACUUUCAGCGUCCAGUUUGGCUUCAAGCACAAGUUCCUGGCCAGCGAUGUGGUCUUCGCCACGAUGUCACUGAUGGAGAGCCCCGAGCACGGCUCCGGGACGGACAGCUUCACGCAGGCCCUGGACAGCCUCUCCAGGGGUAACCUGGACAAGCUGUACCACGGCCUGGAGCUGGCCAAGCGGCAGCUGCGCGCCACGCAGCAGACCAUCGCCAGCUGCCUCUGCACCAACCUCGUCGUCUCCCAGGGGCCCUUCCUCUACUGCGCCCUCAUGGAGGGCACCCCGGACGUGGCACUGUUCUCUAAGCCCGCCUCCCUGAGCCUGCUAAGCAGACACCUGCUCAAGUCCUUCGUGUGCUCGACAAAGAAUCGGCGCUGCAAGCUGCUGCCCUUGGUGAUGGCCGCUCCCCUGAGCGCAGAGCAGGGCACCGUGACCAUGGUGGGCAUCCCCCCAGAGACCGACAGCUCGGACAGGAAGAACUUUUUCGGCCGGGCGUUUGAGAAGGCGGCAGAGGGUACCAACUCCCGGGCACUGCACAACCACUUUGAUCUCUCUGACCUAAGACUGGAGGUGGUGCUGGCCGGCUGGCAGGACACCCCGGCUUCCCCAGGCUGGGGCCUCCAGGGCGGAGCUGCUUGGCUCCCCCAUGCCCAGGCAGUGAUUGAGCUGAAGGCCGAGGACCGCAGCAAGUUCCUGGAUGCGCUCGUGACCCUGCUGUCCUAGGAGUUUGAUUUCUUCAGCAGUAACCUCCUCCUUAUUUGUGUUGACUCGCUGUUAUUUAGGUUGUAAGUUAUGGACAUGGUUUUAGACGCAGAGACAAUGGUUUUUAACGGAAUAAAAUGGCGCCUUAAUCUUGGGUCUGGUCACAGGGCCAGCA